AUUUAUUAAAUUGCUAUGGCGGAGAAUUAGUGGAGUUGUCGAAUUUAUUUACGAUUCUGCUCUGUCAUUGCGUUAAGAAAAACCAUAGUUCAUUUUUCGAUAAAAUACCAUGGACAGCAAUAAGGAUGAGGCAGAGCGGUGCAUGGAACUCGCUGAACGAUAUCUUCGGGAAAAGAAGUACGAUGAGGCCGAAAAAUUUAUACGUAAAGCACAGAAACUUUAUCCAACGAAGAAGGCUGAAGAUGUAUUAGCAAAAGUGGCAAUGUUUUCAAAACAAAAUCAAAAGACAGAGUCUGAACCUACUGUUAGAAAACGUCAAACAGCACCUAAAGAAACUCCACAAGUUCAAGCUUCUGCUGAUUAUACAAAGGAACAACUUGAGCAUGUUAUAAGAAUUAAGAAGAGCAAAGAUUAUUAUGAAAUUUUGAGUGUAACUAAAGAAGCAACCGAUAGUGAUAUCAAAAAGGCAUAUAAAAAGCUAGCACUUCAAUUACAUCCUGAUAAAAAUAAAGCUCCAGGUUCAGCUGAGGCCUUUAAAGCUAUCGGAAAUGCUGUUGCUAUUCUCACUGAUGCAGAGAAGAGGAAACAAUACGACAUGUAUGGGUCUGAGGAAGAAAGAGUGCAGAAUGCUCAUAGCCGCCAAAAUCAUUCGCAUUAUAAUUAUACAAGAGGGUUUGAAACUGAUAUUACAGCAGAAGAAUUGUUUAAUAUAUUCUUUGGCGGUGGAUUCCCGCAACAGGAAUUUUAUAUGAGACGUCCUGGUGGAAGAUGGAUGAGACAGCAAGAUGUACAAGCUCAGCAUGCACAUUCUCAGCAAGCAAAUGGAUACACCACAUUCCUUCAAAUGUUACCUGUCCUGUUAUUAAUAUUAUUAACUAUGAUGAGCAGUUUUUUCAUAUCAGAUCCUGUAUACAGCUUGCAUUCUAACGCAAAAUAUUCCGUACCGAGAACAACUCAAGGAUUAAAGGUACCAUACUAUGUUAAAGAAAACUUUCACACUGAAUAUCAAGGCAGCUUACGGAGGCUGGAAAUUUCUGUGGAAGAAGAAUACCUGAAUAAUUUAAGACAUGCCUGUUAUAGAGAGAAAAGCUAUAGGGAAACAAUGAUGUGGAAGGCAAGGAAUUUUGGAGAUCAAGAAUUAUUUUUCAAAGCUAAAAAUAUUGAGAUGCCCUCGUGUAAGAGGGUGCAAGAAAUGCAGGGAGCAUAGCGGCACUAUGUAGUUUAAUAGAUUUCUGUUGUAGAUAGGUGUAUAUUAUAUUUACACGUGUGUAGUUACUGUUGGAUGAAAUGAAGAAUAUCAAAUGUAAUAUAGCGAUUACUAUAUUACGUUUCUUCGCAUCCAAAUUUGUAAAUGAUACUCGUCUUGGUCCGCGAUGAACAUUUACACGGAUCAUUUGAGCUGUUUGUUCCAUACUCAAGUUGUAAAUUGUUUGAUACAGAAUCGAUUACAGUAGCGUGCAUGGCUAACCUGAGCAUGAAUUACAAAUUAUUAAUACAUAUGUAAUUUAACUAAACUAACCUAUAAUCUCUAUAAUCACGUGGCAUAAUUAGAGGUAAGCGUGAUUUAGAAGUGUUUCUUAUGAGUUACGAAUGUCGGUGGAGUUUGGAUAUUAAAAUAGACAUCAAACCUUGCCGUAUUGCUUAUGCCACUGAAUUACACUAUUGUUGCGACAUUGAACUUGCUUAUGCGUAAUGACACUAUUAAUUCCGAGAAAGAUUAGAUAGCCCAUUCACUUUAAUCUUUAACUUCUUAAUCGCGUAAUACGAAACUAUAUAAAUUAUAUGCUAAGACUAUUAAUAUUAGGAGGAAAAAAACGAAAUUAUUGCAAACAUAAUUUUAGACAAAAAAAAAGAUAAAAAUUGUUUCGAAGUUGUAAGAUCAAAUUAAUUUUUUUAAGGCCUAAUUUGAUCGCAAUUAUUACUCAUAUUAAGUCACAAAUGUUUUUUUUUUCAUGCUAAAGGUAAGCGAACAUGUUCGCGUUGUUAGUAUUCAAGACAUAAUACAGAAAUUAAAAAUUUCACUCGUGAUGUUACGAUAAGUGACCUUCGUUGAGCUGCUAACGACAAAUUUUACAUACCACAUCGUGUACGGAACAUUUUUAUAUAGACAUAAUGUUGAACAAAAAAAAAAAUUUUGAAUACAAUCAGCCGGCCAUGUGUCUGUUGUUAUUUAUAAAUUACGAUGUUAUACAAGUAUAAUACCAGGUAGAUAACUUAUUCGCUUUUAGAAGUCAUUUUGCGUGUGACGGAGUUUUUCAGUAUCAAUUGUUAUCUUUUUAAUCGAUCCAGCGAUUGCCCCCCGCCCGAAAUUAAAGAUUUUUAAAUAUUUAUGCAAUACUAUCUUCGAACCGCACAUAUCAAAUGUGUUUCACGAUUCGAUCAGCCACCCAUAUGUUUAACAGCACUUAUUUAUCUGAAUCACUACAUCUAUAUUGUAUAUGUCAAAGUAUUUUAACUAGCUUCUAAAUAAAGAAACUAAGAACAGACAA